AUGCCUGAAUCUCCAACAAGAGAAAACAUACACUCUCCAAAUCCAAUACCAAAUCAAACACCAAAGUCGAGUGCCAGAAAGCAUUAUCAAUUAACACCAACAGACGAAGAGACUAGUCCAAAAAAGCCUUGCCACAACAUGUCACUAAGUGAUAAGGAUCUUAAGAAUUUCAUGGACGAAAUGAGAAAUCAAAUGACAUCAAUGAGUCAGCGUAUGGAUGAAUGGAACAGGAACUUUGACUGCAAAAUUGAUUCAUUAAUAGCUGAUGUAAAUCUAGUGAAGAAAGAUCUUGAAGAUGUGAGAGGUGAAGUAAUUAAUCUCGAAGUUGAUAAUCUCGAAAUUCAUAAAAAGAUGCAAAGCCAUGAUAGUCAAAUAAAUGCCAUUAAUCAAAUUUUACUUGAGAAACAAAUUACCAUGGUCAACAUAGCAACAACUAUAAAUGAAGACAAAUUUCUAGAAGACAUGAAUAAAUGGAGCAAUAACAUCCUGAAAGAUACCCUUAUGAGUCACAAUUUUUCAUCUAAUGAGAAAUACAAGUCCAAAUCUGCUCAUUUACACUUCAAUACAUCGAAUGAUAAAAAGAAGUUCCUCAGUUUCCUCAAAACAAAGCAAAAAGAUGCAAACAAUAAAUACAUCCCCGUCCUAAAUGAAAACAUAUUCACGCUUAAAGACUCCGAUGUCAACAGAGCUAAGGCUAUUGAAUUCCGUACACCAAUGACUUAUAUCAAUCGUGGAAUAUUCAACAAGGCACGGGACGCAAAGAAGAAAAAUGCAGCAAUUGAAGGAGUCUGGAUAUCCAAUGGAACCAUAAAGAUCCGAAUAAAGAACAAGAAGCCUGUCCAAAUAAAUGAAAUCGAGCAACUGAAAGAUCUAUUUAGCUCCAACAACAUCCAAUUACCAAUGGAAUAG